AUGUUAUUCAGAUUAUCGCGCGCUAUGCUUACGCAAAACGAGAUUGAGUCAUCAUUGUGGGUGUUCGGAUAUGGAUCACUGAUAUGGAAUCCGGGUUUCCUUUUUGAAGAGAAACGACGGGGAUAUGCGUUGGGUUUUGCGAGAAGAAUGUAUCAAGGAAAUACGUAUCAUCGUGGAGAUGAUUUGUUGCCUGGCAGAGUCGCCACACUGAUCAACGAUGCGAGCUCAUCAGCAUCGGGAAUGCUUUUCCGCGUUGAGGGACAAAAACAGAUCCGAGCCGCCUUGGAGCACUUGACAGAACGAGAGGUCGGAAACGGUUACGAGUUUCGCGUUGUUGCUUGCGAAGUCGAGAUGGACAACGAGAUUGUUCAAAUGAAUGCUUUGACUUGCAUAGCUCAUCACAACAAUGAGUUCUAUCUUGGGCCUGAUGAAACGUUUAAAAUGGCUGAUGAGAUCCGACGAGCCAAAGGAUUAGCUGGACCAAAUUAUGAAUAUGUGUUGAAAUUGGCUGAGCACAUUCGUUUGUUGUUUCCUGAGGAAAAUGAUCGACAUUUAUUCGAAUUAGAGGGAAUGGUUCGAAAUGGAUUAGCGACAUUAGCU